AUGUCAAAUUUACGUAAACAAAUUCUUUCUAAAACACUCCCACCUAUUGGUCCAUCAUCAUCAUCUAAAAAGUUAUCAUCUGAUAAUCAAAAAAAAUCACCAUCAUCUACUCGUAAUUAUACACCUAUUGAAUGGAAUACAUAUUUCGAUGAUAAACGUUAUAUAACAAUUGAUAAAAAUACUUUUUGUUUAUAUUCACGUAAUACAAAUGAUUCAUUAUCACCUAUUUUAUUUUUUUUACAUGGUGGUGGUUUUUCUGGUUUAAGUUGGGCUGUUCUUUCAAAAGCAGUAACUAAUCUUGUACGAUGUCAAUGUAUUGCAAUAGAUAUUCGUGGUCAUGGUGAAACAAGAACUACAGAUGAAAGUGAUUUAAGUAUUGAAGUACUUACAAAUGAUAUAUGUCAAAUUUUACAUCAUUUAUAUAAUGAAGAUAAUAAACCGCCUAUUUUUCUUAUUGGACAUUCAAUGGGUGGUGCACUUGCUGUUCAUGUUGCAAAAGAAUAUCCAUCAAUGAUCAAUGCUCUUUGUGUUAUUGAUGUUGUUGAAGGUAGUGCAUUGGAAUCUUUAAGUUCAAUGCAAUGUUUUCUUAGUUCAAGACCAAAACAAUUUUCAACACAACAACAAGCUAUUGAAUAUAUGAUUCGAAGUGGACAAGUACGUAAUGUUGAAUCAGCUCGUAUAUCUAUCGUUGGACAAAUACAACCAAUAAAUACUGCUGAAAUAAAUGAAACAGAACCCUCUACAACAGCAUCUAAUGCCUCACUUCCACCAGUUUCUCAUCAAUGUAAUACUGUUCAAGAAGAAGAUGAAGAUUCGGAAGAAAAUGAACAAAAAUCUUCGGUAGAUAUUCAACAACCUCCUCCUACAGUUGAUUCAAAUGAUACAAAAAAGUACACAUGGAGAAUUGAUCUUGCUAAAACCGAACAAUUUUGGAAAGGAUGGUUUUCUGGUUUAUCAAAUUUAUUUCUAUCAUGUGAAUGUCCAAAAUUACUUUUAUUAGCUGGUGUUGAUCGUCUUGAUCGUGAUUUAACUGUUGGUCAAAUGCAAGGUAAAUUUCAAAUGCAUGUUGUUCCUAAAAGUGGUCAUGCUGUACAUGAAGAUGCACCUGAACAAGUUGCUGAUUGUAUUGCUUCAUUUCUUGUUCGACAUAAAUUAGUACAAGCAAUUGAUGAAAGUUUUCAUGGAACAUUACCCGGUUGUUAA